UUCUCUUUGGCAACACUACUCUGUGUUUGACUGUCAUCUGUGCCUCCGAUUUCUUGUACAAUAGUAUCAAAAUAGUAUUGUAAACAUAAGUAAUGUAAUUUGAAAAAUAAUAUAAAUUUAAACAUAAAAUAAAUUAUUUACAAUGCUUACGAAAGUAUUACUGUCAUCCGACGUAGCUUUAGUAUGUGUUCAACAUGCAUUAUCUACAGAAAAAGAAGAAAUAAUGGGACUCCUUAUUGGAGAGGUCCAUAACAAUGGUACGUUAGUCACUAUAGUGUCCUCUGUGAUAUUACGACGCUUGGAUAAGAAACCAGAUCGCGUAGAAAUCUCAGAAGAACAAUUAGUGCAAGCUACGUUGCGAGCGGAAGAGCUAGCGGCUGAAGUAGGUAGACCUCUUCGAGUAGUAGGAUGGUAUCACUCUCAUCCACACAUUACAGUCUGGCCUUCACAUGUUGAUCUCUCUACACAGUCCAUGUAUCAAAGGAUGGAUUCAAGUUUUGUUGGAAUUAUUUUUGCAGUUUUUCUCACUGAUCAGUCUACUAAAGCUCCAUCAGUGCAAAUAACCUGUUUUCAAUCAGUGAAUGAAGGUUCCAACCAAAGUAGAAGGGAAAUUGAAAUGGAAAUAUUAAAUAACAAUGAUUCUUUAUUAAUAAAUAACUUUGAAACAUUGACACAACUGCCAGCUAUAUUGAAACAGGAAGAAGAUGAAGCCUUUAAUAACGAAGUGAGCCAAAAUGAAACUGACGAUAUACUCACUAAACAACAUAAUGCUGCUGUGAGGACUAUUGCUAUUGGUCAUAUUGUAGAUAAGAUGUCCAGACCAAUGCUAGAAGCACUUGUGGCUAGAAAUGAGUUAAACAGUGUGCGUUUGAAAACAUUAAAACAACAGCACCAGCAAAUGAUGGUCAAACUAGAAAAUAUGUCUUGUAACAUUUGAAACACUUUGUAACUGUAUAAGUAUAAUAAAUAUGUUUUCAAAUAA